AUGGACAGAGUCUCAAACUACAAUGCCCCCGAGUUGCCAGCCCCAGGGCCAGCAGUGGGCCAACGCUCGGAAAACGAGGUUCUGAGGGAGCAAGUUGGCUCUUACCGGGCGGAAUCCGAGAGUCUUCGAUAUCACAUUGAGAUGCUCCAAACCCAGCUUGCCACGAUUCGGGAAGAGAACUCAAGACUCCGUCACGUAUUCAGUUUGGAAUGCAACAAGCAUUGUGCGGCUACCAGGGAGCUCUCAAAGGUUCAAGAGCAGUUCGAACGACUCCAAAUGAUGUUGUCGUCCAAGGGAACGGAGGCUGAUAGUAUUGUACCCCUCUUCCUGCAUCUGGAAGCCAGGGAAACAUCUCUGCAGCAGGUCGAGCUGGAACUGGGCCAGAAAAUAAGCGCCCUGAGAGCAACCUGCCUGAAUGUAGAGGAGCGGCACCUCGGCCGAUGGCAGGUUCCAGUUAGGUCUGCCAAUCACGCGCAACGUCAACAGCAGGUGCAGGUGUACCGCAUCCCUGUUGGCUGCCGUUCCAGUGUGGCGGAGCAGGUGGACAAAGAACAACAGUAG